AUGUGGUGUAUUGUCACGUCAUUAUAUUCUAUGUGGUGUAUUGUCACGUCAUUAUAUUCUAUGUGGUGUAUUGUCACGUCAUUAUAUUCUACGUGGUGUAUUGUCACGUCAUUAUAUUCUAUGUGGGGUAUUGUCACGUCAUUAUAUUCUACGUGGUGUAUUGUCACGUCAUUAUAUUCUAUGUGGUGUAUUGUCACGUCAUUAUAUUCUACGUGGUGUAUUGUCACGUCAUUAUAUUCUAUGUGGUGUAUUGUCACGUCAUUAUAUUCUACGUGGUGUAUUGUCACGUCAUUAUAUUCUAUGUGGGGUAUUGUCACGUCAUUAUAUUCUAUGUGGUGUAUUGUCACGUCAUUAAAUUCUAUGUGGUGUAUUGUCACGUCAUUAUAUUCUACGUGGUGUAUUGUCACGUCAUUAUAUUCUAUGUGGUGUAUUGUCACGUCAUUAUAUUCUAUGUGGUGUAUUGUCACGUCAUUAUAUUCUAUGUGGUGUGUUGUCACGUCAUUAUAUUCUAUGUGGUUUAUUGUCACGUCAUUAUAUUCUAUGUGGUUUAUUGUCACGUCAUUAUAUUCUAUGUGGUGUAUUGUCACGUCAUUAUAUUCUAUGUGGUUUUCGUCUGAUACAUUGUCUAAAUACGGCAAUAAUUCCUCUUUCAGUAUUCUUAUAACGUCUCCCUCAAAAUUCUUUUAA